AGAGAAUAGAGAUAGACAAAGGCGUUUAAAUAGUAGUAAUUUUGUUGUUGUUGGAACAUUGAAGGCAGGCAGGCAUACCAACCAACUUGAUUAGGGGUUUAUGAAUUGCGGUUCUGGUUCUGGGCGAAACGUCCUUGAGUCAAUUGGAGUUGGUUCCUGAGGAGACUGGCACUUGGGGACUGUUGCAGUUGCAGGGAUGCCUGUAAAGAGAGAACCCUGCAAAUACUUUCAGCGUGGCAGCUGUCAGUUCGGAGAUAGGUGUAAAUUUCUCCAUGUGAUUCAGCAACAGCAAAAGUCCAACAUCUUUGGAUUUGGGUCACAAUCUGGCUCAGACCAACAGAGAAAGUCCAAUCCUUAUGGUUUUGGGGUUCAAAACAACUCUCAGUCAAAAGGGCCAGCUGAUUUUGGUUCCAAACAGAGCCAGUUUAAGGUUUCUUCCCAUCUUAGAUCUAAAACUCUUGCUGUCCUUUUUACCAAAAAGAAGAAGAAAACUACUCUUGCUGUCUUCUAUGAGCUGCUAAUCAAAUACAAUUCUGUACAGGUUGAAAGAGAGAGAAAUUUACUCAAUACCAAGUUGAUUGAGUUUGACAAACUUUGCAAGCCCCAGGGAGCUCUACUGAAACCUAAUCAUUCCAGCCAAAAUCCUUUACCUUCAGCUAGUCAACAUGCAUUCUUGCAGGCUGCUAACAAUAGUGCUGCUCCGUCACUCUCAAGUUUUAGCCAAUUGGGCACAUCCCUCAACACAGGGUUUGGACCAAGGCCGUCUGCACCAUCAAAUAAUGGUUUUGCACAGCUGAAUCCUUUUGCUAAUUCCACCCAGACUUCGAGCGGAUUUGGGACAAACAAUUUUCUUUCUGGAAGUGCUGGUUCACGUGGCAGCCAAUUUCCUGCCACUGCACAUGUAAAUGUUUUUCCCUCGAGUACAGGAUUCGGCAAUACUGGUGUCAUGAGACAUGAAACCAACCCAUUUUCUACUUUAGUAGUGUCAUCACAAAUUCCUAGUGCAACAACUGGUCUGUCACCCAUUCUGUCAGAUGGGCCUACCUCUGCUUCCAAUGCAGUUGGACAAUCAACUACAGAAGUUCAGUUCCUAACUAACAUGCAAAGGGAGAAGAUUUCUGGGGAGACGAGUAUUUGGUUGAAAAAGAUAUGGAGUCCUGGAGAGAUUCCCGAAGAAGAACCGCCAGAUGCGCUGGUUGAGUUGUAAGUUGUGGUAAUGAGCAGUACAAGCACAACGCUUACUCAUGCAAUUUGCUAGGUGGCCAAAGCACUUAAUGCUUGCGAAACGCAAAUGGUGACUCAAAUGGUGACUCAAAUCUCGAGUUGGAACCCAGCCAGAGUUUGGAGAUGUUAAGGAAAGAGGGGCUACCUCCAAUUGUGCGGCCGAACAAUCCAAUCAUAUUUUGCAGCAUUUGCAAAGACAUCUGCAUCUGUCUUAUGCUCUACACUGUUCCUGUUAAAAGUUCUUGACAAGCUUCUUAUAAAGCGCUUUCUCCUCAUAUCUCUAUAACUAGCAAAGAUUGUAAUCCUUGUGUAAUGGUGUGUAAAUUUUGGAUUUAUUAGUGUACCACAUGAUUUUGUAAGUCUUUGGAUUUAGUUCACAACAUCAUUGCCAUAAAUGUUCUUCAAAUGGCCAGCUCUCCGUAUGAGUUGUUUUGUUCUGACCCUUUACGUGUUAUAACUUAUAAGCACUUCCACUUU